AUGUCAGAAUCCGACCUCGUCAGAAAGUGGGACCGGUGCAUGGCCCAUGUGGAGGUGAAUCGAGGUACUGGAUUUGGAUUAGGAGUUGUUUUCUCUCUCACCUUGAAAAGAAGAAUGUGGCCAUUGGCCUUCGCUUCUGGCGUGGGACGGGGGAUGGCCUAUUCCAGCUGUCAGCACAGCUUGCAGGCCUCGUAUCUUCUACAUGGAAAAUAUGUCAAAAGAGCAGUGAUGUAUGCUGAGAACAUCACAGCGGGAGGAAAGAGAAGCCGCGGUUAUUCCUCGGGACGCUGA